UGGCUUUUUGCCAGUUCUCUGACAAAUUCUGAGCCCUGUCGCACCUUUUUAUUUAUUUUAAUUCACAGCUGCAACGCUCACAUCCAUCGAAAGCAGAUCACCAUGGCAACCGGUCAAGAUCAGGAGGGUGAACAAGUGGUUCCUGAUGAAGGUGCAGAAGACGACGUCAGAGCAGUGCAGGCUCACUACCUACACAAUCCAUCUCCCAGCAGCUUCUCCAUGUUUUCCGACGCCUACACCGAGAGCAUAUUCCUGGAACCCAUCCAUCUUUCAUCCUUCGUGGGUGCUAAGCAGAUCAUAAAUGAAGGUAAAGGGGUGAAGAUUGACACAGUGAGCCCUGGGAUGCUAGAGACGGCUGAGCAGCUGAUGGUUGAGGAUCUGGAGAAGAUUGAUGAGAGAAGCCUGUUCAACUCCCCCUGCGUCUUAGACUUACAGAGGAAGCUGAUAAAAGACCGCCGGGAAUCUCCUUUGAACAUUGUGGAUGAAGUCUGGCCCAAUGUCUUUAUUGCCGAAAAGAGUGUGCCUGUUAACAAAGGGUGUCUGAAGAGAAUGGGCAAUACCCACAUCUUAAAUGCAGGUCAUGGCACCACUGUCUUCACUGGGCCUGACUUGUACUCUGGCAUGAACAUUCAGUACAUGGGAGUGGAAGUCAACGAUUUCCCGGAUUCAGACAUCUCAAAGUUCCUGCGACCUGCUGCUGAAUUCCUGGAUGAGGCUCUUCUUACAUACAGGGGUAAAGUUUUAGUGAACAGUGAAAUGGGAGUCAGCAGAUCCACAGUCCUGGUUGCUGCUUAUUUAAUGAUCUUCCACCAUAUGACAAUCCUAGAAGCCCUGAUGACUAUGCGCAAAAAAGCUAUUUACCCCAAUGAUGAGUUUAUAAAGCAGCUGCGUGAACUUAAUGAGAAAUUACUGGAGGAACAGGAACAAGAUGGUGAGACAAAUAGCCAAGGCUCUGUCAUUGAAGCUAAAGCUUCGUCCAUAAGGGUGGAAGAAGAGGAUGUUGAGAGCAUCACGGGAGCCAAAGUUCACUCUAUAACUGUUGAGGAAGAGGAUACCACCAGUGUUAUGGGCAGUGUCAUGAGCAUGGGAAAGGCAAGCGUGAUCUCCAAGCAGCCAACACUUAUUGAUGAAGGAAUGGAGAAGAAAGCAAGGUCUUCCACCUAAAGAUAUAUCAAAAAAGCCAGAUCACCAAGCCAGUCACAAGCAUCUUCUACUUUAAGCAUGACCUCAGGAGAUGUUGGCAGGAAAGUGGACGAUGACAAGUCCUCUUUAUAUGGAGCUGCAGGUGGUUCCUAUCUAACUCAGCAUUACAGCAUCGUGAUUUUAGAAGCACAGACUCUGUACUGUCCUACAACACACCAAUAAGUGCUAAUACAGACAUAUCUUCUUGCAAGAGGAAGAUUACUCAACUAGUAAACCCUUCUAUGGACUUUUUCUUGAUGACGUCGAUUUAAAGCUAAAUCAGAAAGAGAACGAGAUAAGAGAGGAGAUA